GUUUUGGUGCCCUGCCUUUGCCAGGCAAUGUUGGUUCGGUCGAUUCUCCAGGUCGGCCACGUAGGGCAGGGCGUGCUCGCGCCCCAGCACGUGGAUAUAAAGAUGGACGCGAUAGGCUUCUUAACUUACCUUCGUUUGCUGCGACUUUACGGGCACGGAGUGACUGUGCUCAUUGUGGUGCUGCAAGAUUACAGUUCGAACCGCCAAAAUUUUGAUGUGGCGAAGGUGGGGUGGCAUCAGAGGAUAGCAAAAAUAGGUGUGAGGAGUCCCGCAAGGCCGAACCAACGAUGUGCCUCUGUUCGUUCAGUUGCUCCGGCUGGUGCAAUGAAUGCUGAUGACUUGUUGUUUCGUGAAGAGACUGCUGCCUCUGCAAAAGUCGACGACCAACGCUUUGUGUCUGCAAGGGAAUAUUAUUGUUAUAAGCUGCAGGGGCGUAAUUGUGAUGAUUCUUUUUUGUUACACUUUGGAAGGUUGUUUCAGCAAUAUAUAGUUGACAUUUAUGUUAAAAUAGAAACACAAAGAUUGGAUUUUUAUAAGACGCAACAAAUAGAAAUAAGGAAUGAGGUCCUCCAAGGAGUUCAAGAUUCUUUGGCUGCUGGUGAAACAGAUGCAG